AUGGACAUAUUCUACUUCAAUAUUCCUUGGAUAAUUGAUCAAGAAGAUUACAACUGCAGUAGCCGCACCCUGACAGAAUGGCAAAGUAGAGGCUAUGUGGACUCUGGGCAGGGAGUCUACUUUGCCGUGACAGGAGUAGUUUUUGUGGUACUCAAUGUGAUGGGUCUAAUUGGAAUGGUGAAAGGAAAACUGCUGAGUACUCCUUGUUACUGCCUAAUGUUCUUCAAUGGGAUCAUUGACAUCAUGGACAUCAUUGCUGGCUCACUUAUCCCAGCAUACUUUUUCUUUACUGGAGCCGUCUUCUGUUCUUCGGAAGCUCUCGAGAGAUUCAGCGGUUACUUCGCGUGGUGUGUAUGGGCUGGAGCUUCAUUAAACUGUAUGGUAUUGGCUUUGAAUCGUGUUAUUGAAAUGAUUCCUUCUGCGAGUGCACUUCGUUUUCUAUUUAAAGGUAAACUGUUGUAUCUAUGGAUGGUGCUGAUAGUGACAUAUAUGGUACUCUCACCAUUUUUAAACCGUCCUCAUUCAUUCAGUACAGUAGCUUCUGCUUAUAUUAGUUCACCAAUGAUUACCGAUGAUGCUGAUAAGGAAGCAGCGUAUUUCAAUACACUUCUUCUACCGAUCCAUAAUGUUUCCGUCGUCAUCGUAAUAUUCACUCUUUACACCAUUCUUUGUGUGUACGUCUUCCAAAUGCGUCGAAUUGCAAAACGAGGCACCUACAAAUUGCAAUUACAGCUCUUCAUUCAAGUACUUAUGAUCUGUUCAACGACCACUAUGACAGCGCUUCUUUAUUCUGCCAUGAUAUUCAUCACGGUGUCACGAAACGUUGCCAUUGCAGCAAACGUCUUAUGGCAGCUGAGCCACGAAGAAAGUAUCUUAAAGAAAGAAAUUCAAAUACUCAACACGAUGGGUGGUCAUGACGAAAGCUUCCAUAAGAAGCUUUCAGGAAGCACCACAUUACGAGACACUCCUGCUACCAGUCCACAAUAUCACUGUCGUAGUGGUGAUAUUCGGUCUUUAUUCUAUCCUUUGUGUAUACGUGAAUCAGAAUGCGCCGGAAUGCGAGGCUCUCAUGAACUGUUCAACAACCACUACGACAGCGCUUCUGUACGCUUCAAUGAUAUUUAUCACGGUUUAUGGGCUGGAGCUACAUUCAACUGUAUAGUGUUAGCUUUAAAUCGUGUAGUUGAGAUGAUUCCUUUUGCUAACGGUCUUCGCUUUCUGUUCAAAGGUAAGACCUUGCUACUGUGGAUCACAGUGUCUGUAGCAUACAUGGUCGUUUUACCAUUUGUGAAUCGUUCUCAUCCUUAUAACACAGUUGCGGCUGCUUAUAUUCCUUCUCCUGUGAUUACCGACGAUGAAGAAAAAGAAACAGCUCAGUACGCCACCUUGAUGGUACCAAUUCACAAUAUUACCUUCGUCUUUGUGCUAUUGAGUCUCUAUACCAUUCUAUGCGUUCAUAUCAUCAGAAUGCCACGCGCUGCAAAAGGAAGGAACUACAAAGUGCAAGUGCAGAUUUUUGUUCAAGUUCUUCUGAUCUGUUCUACAACUGCCAUAGCAGCGACCCUUCAUGUUUUCAUGAUAUUCUUCACAGUGUCACGUAAUGCUGUUAUUACUGCAUGCGUUUCAUGGCAGUUGAGCCACGGUCUUCAUGGGAUCAUAUACCUCAGUUUCAAUCGUGAUAUACGCUACGAGGUGAUGAAGAUGUUCACAAUAAAGAAAUGCAGGUGUUCAACACGUACUGUAUCGAUCAGCACCGGUGCCCGAACGGAAAUGACAGAACCAAAGUUCUGGUUGCAGAAAUUUUGA